AUGAAUCACAACAUCCAGCUUCCAGCCGACGCGAUCGAACGUCGUCGCCUGCAAAACCGAGUUGCCCAGCGAAAAUUUCGCCAAAAAAGGCUUUAUAAAUCUAUUGAUCCUGCGUCAAUCGAAAACCCGUCAAGCAUUGUUAGCAUACCAGCACCAGAACAUCAGCGAGUAAUAACUACCACCACUGAUACUUCAAAUGCCAUAACAUCGGAUUUCUUUUCAUCUACGGAGACCUUUGACUCCCUAGUUAACCCCCCUCAUCAACACCAUGACAGUCCCCGUCUCGAGGCGGGUCAUUUCGAAGAAUGGGAUGUUGCUGCCAUGGACAGCAUACUCGCUAGCAACAACAUCUCAUUCUCAACAGAUGAUGGCUCAAACUUUCACUUGAAUAUGACUCCUCAAGACAUUUCACCGUUCACGCCAAUCGCUUCCACCUUCCUCGGACCACACUCUAGCAACGAUGUUGCUUCCCGUCCUCCACCCAUCUCACCACAGCCCGUCGAGCUUGACCAUAAUCUCCUUGGGUCUGCCCAUGACAAAGGCUGGCUAAGCACCAUACACAUCGCCGCUCGCACAGGCAACGAUCUCAUCCUCAAAAUUCUCAUCCAGCAAGAUACCGACCUGAAUGAGAAGGACAGCAAUGGCCGCACCCCGCUCAUAUACGCCGUGAUCGAAGACCAUCAGACCAUCGUCACCGCACUGCUAGCCCACGGAGCGCGUAUAAACGAGAUGGAUUGCGAUGACCGAUCUGCGCUGCAUUGGGCUGUGUUGCAUUGUAGAGAAGAUAUACUCAAAACUCUCCUCGAGCAUAAAGAAGAGCAGGAGCUUGAUGUUGAUGCCCCUGACUUUAGCGGAUGGACACCGAUGCAUAUGGCUGUCCAUGCAAACUUUGAGGCUGGUGUUAAGAUGCUUUUGGACUGCGGAGCGAAUAUUAAUAUCAAGGCGCGCUACUGCCCUUAUGCUGAGAAACUGAUACCAGGGUUACUAACGAGGAAACCUACCUAG